UAUGUUUACGUUUUUGUUAGGUUUUGUUUGCAUCUAAAAUAAUACUUUUUCAUAAGGUUAUUGCUGAUAAAUGUGCAUCAGAAAUCUCAAUAAUAUCUAAAGACGAAAUACUUUCAUUCACAUUCAAUUUGAAUCUAUUAAGUCUACAGUUUAUUAUAAAAAUGAGUGAUUACCCGGAUCCUGAUGAAGAGUACGAGCUUAUGUACGCCGAUGAUCUUGAAUUACUCAAAGAACAUGAUGACCACAUAGAGCCAAAUGUCGUCAAAAAGAAACCAGUACCGGCUAAAAGGAGCUUAGAUUUCUCUAGUCCUGGUCCCAAAAAUGCUUCAGCAGAGCCUGUAAAUAAAGAUACAACAAAUAGUGAUGCUAUAUCAAAUAGAAAUGCAACUCCUUCAGUCAGCAACACUCAGAUUUCAUUUUCUCAAAGUCUACAACCAAUGGAAGAGUUGCUGACUCCUGUUAACAGCAACAAGCGAACUGCUGAAGACCUUUUCGGCGAUAUUGGUGAUAUAGACUUUGAUAAUGUGGAAAUGCCAACCAAGAAACAAAAAACUGAGGAAGAAAAUGAUUUGGAACUGAUUGACAAAAUAUUGGAAAGCAGACGACUUAGGCAGCUGCUUUUAGAACCUUCCAGAGCUCAAGCAGAAGAUAAACCUGUGUUUAAUACUAAAGAAAAUCUGUCAUUGGAUAUCCCAAGAUGGCCAUUCAUGGCGCUUACAAACUCAGAUGGAGACAGAAUCUAUGUCAGGCUGGAGUCCGAGACAUCCUGGGAUCAGUCAUUGGACUCUACAGAAGAUCAGCUCUCGUUACAAUCUAUGUAUGCCAAGACAUGGGAUGAAGCAAGGAAAAUUUUAGAAAAAAAGCAAGAGGCCGAAAUCCUCAGACAAUCGCAGGAGCCCCUUCCAGACAUCUCUACAGAUAUCAACGGGAACAAUUUGUGGGUGGACAAGUAUCGGCCACAUUCGUACAUCGAUUUACUAAGCGAAGAGCCUGUCAACAGGGCAUUGCUGCAUUGGCUGCACUUGUGGGAUAAAAUAGUGUUCAAGAAAGAAGUGAAAACCACUGAGCCUCAGCAACGGAACAGUUUCAGCAAGCGUACCGGCCAGUUCCAACUCAGCAACAAGUGGAAAGGCAAGAAGGAGGCCGGGCCGGAGAUGGACGAGGAUGGAAGACCACACCACAAGGUGGCGCUGCUGUGUGGACCUCCGGGUGUUGGGAAGACUACUUUAGCACAUCUAUUAGCAAGGCUUGCAGGGUAUAGACCAGUGGAACUGAACGCAUCCGACGAACGCAGCACGGACGCGUUUCGUAAUGCGCUUCAGAGCGCUACUUUGAUGCGUUCCGUUAUCGACGCAGAGAAGAGGCCCAACUGUCUUAUAUUAGAUGAAAUCGACGGAGCGCCGCUGCCGACGGUAGAACUGUUAGUCAAAUGGUGUACCGCGGCAGCUUCUGAAGGCAAGAAGAAGGCGAAAGUCCAACCUCUCAAGAGGCCCGUCAUUGCUAUCUGUAACGACUUAUACGCCACCUCGUUGAGACCUUUGAGGCAAGUGGCCCUAAUAAUCCAAGUGGGCGGAGUCUCCCUUCAGCGUAUAUCGAGCCGAUUAGCACGCGUGUGCUCGCGCGAGGGCCUCAGCGCGCCGCCGCACGUGCUAGCGGCAUUGGCGGCGCGCGUCCACGGCGACGUGCGCGCAGCCAUACACGCGCUCAGCUUUAUUAAGGCGAGGGCGGACCAGGUAAGCAUGGAGGAUGUGGAAAACACGUCAGUGGGCUAUAAAGACUGCAGCAAGAGCAUGAUGCAAGCAUUGAGUGCGGUGUUCACCACCAAUGAUAAGGACCCAAAUGCUAUUGCGAAGACAGUGCAAGCCGCAGGGGAAUAUGAUAGAUUAGUCGACGGAAUAUUCGAGAACUACCUCCAAGCACGCGUGGACGCUCGCUUACUACUCGCGUGCGAGACGCUAUCCUGGCUGCGAUUGUACGACGCCGUGCAUUCCUGGACGCUCCGUCAUCAGAACUACUCGCUGUAUGGGCUGUUGCCGCAGUGUAUCGUGCGGUGCCACAGGAUCCUCGCUUCUAGGAACCCGCAGCGAGUCAAGUUCCCUAUGCAAGCUCAGGAGGCGCACCGUAAGAAGACUGAGCUAGACAGCAUUGUGUGGUCAGUAUGGCGUUAUAGCGCGCCGAACGUAGCGCUGACGAGGCGCGCGCUUCAGCUCGACGUCAUACCGCUACUGCCGUAUUUGUUGGCGCCUACUGCCAACAUACAGCUGUACAGGGAGACGGAACGCAAAGCGUUACGCACGUGUGCCUCAGCGAUGUGCGACUACGCGCUACAAUACGUGCAGCAACGCACGCCGGAAGGCCUGUACGCUUUCACGCUGGAGCCAGAUGUCAACAAGGUGGCUCUCUUCGGUAAUCACGAGAGACUGAGACCACCACCGGCAGUGCGGCAAGCCAUAGCGAGAGAACAGCAGUUGGAAAUGAUAAAGCGCAGUGAAGAAAUGGCGCAAAGAGUCAGCAACACAAACAAGGAAGUGACCAAACGCAAGUCCACAGAAAGCAAAGAAGGUACCAGCAAAGAUGGCGCCACCAGCAAGGAAGUCAAAGAAAGCCGCCUGCCGAACCAUUUGCAGCGGUUGAAGCCUAAGGAGAUCGAGAAAACUACGCCGCAGGUCCACAAAGAUUUCUUCGGACGAAUUGUGCCGUUGUCUCAAAUACAGCGAUCAGACGCUGUUCCCGACGUGAUAUCCUCAAGCAGAGUGUUCUACCAGUACCGGGAGGGAUUCAACAAUGCUGUGCGUCGCAACGUACGAACACGAGACUUACUCUAACAUAAACUCAUGUAGAAUAAGAAUAGCUUAUGUAUUCUAAAGCUCGUAAUCUGAUGAAAACUAUAUUCGAAAUCAAGCAUACAACAUUGGAUAGUUGACGCCAUAACCCAUGUAAAUACCCAUUAAUGUUAAAAGUAAUGUUUUACUGUACCUGUGUUUGUUCAACAAAAGUUUUCAGUGGAAUUGUAAAACAUGCUCGUGCCUUAUCAUGUGUUUCAA